GAACGGAGUUGGCAAUGUCCAUUUGGCUGGGCAGGGCAAGGCGAGGAGGGGAGGGGGGUGACGGGAUAGUGAGGAAGAUUAAACAAGGGCGAGGACGAUGACGGGUGAUGCAAGAAAGAAGGGGGGGACAAGAAUAGUGAAUGAUCUCGAACACUUUGUCACGAUAUCUCUUAUCUGCUCGUCGGAGUGCGUGCUCCCCGACAUGUCAUGUCCGAGCCGUCACCGGUGCCACAUUUCACUUGUCGUGCAGCUACCGCGCGCCUCUCUAAACGACGACGUCACCCAAGCCUCCGGACACAUCCCGGACACGUCGAGCCCCUCUCCGAUCUCCGACCCGGGCCGGACAAGCCCGCCCUCGGGCGCCAGGAAGUGGCAGGAUUUUGUAGCCGAUACUGUAGACGAGUAUUGUAUUCCGCCACGUUCGUGCCUUGCUCUCGUGUCAUACGUGCACCCCACCGACUGCGCUGCCACUCUCCGUCCCAACGUUCGCGCAGCCUGUGCGGACCCCUCAUUAUGCCAACACGGCUACGCCCGAAGUCAGGGUAAACGGGCCGAAACACCGCGGCGAGCCCCGCGUCAAGACAAACCGAAACCGGAUUAUGGCGACCGGCGGGGUAACCAGACGGCUGGUGGCUGGCGGCUGGCGGGCUGGCGGCUGGCGGUGUCUUGCGGUGAUGAAGCUGUGCAUUGCGGUGCGGGUGAUGGCGAGCACGUCGACCAAUUCACCAUUGCUCGCGCCGACGUCGAAACGUCAAAACAACAUGCAAACAUCCAUUCAUUCCCACGACUCACGCCGACAGGCACUGCCCUGAGCUGAGACGGCCGCCAAGCAGGGUUGGCGGGCGGGCGGGAUGCCGCCGCGCCGAGCUGCGUGCGCGGGCGGCGGCGAGUAUAUAUGCUGGCGCGCGGGGCUGCGAAUCC